UUACAAACUCUAAGAUGACAGUGUAACUCUCUUCCAAAUUUCUAUCAUUCCUCAUUGCUGAUCAGAUUUUUUUUUCUAUACUGGCUAGCUGUUCUUCUCCUUAUUUCCUCUACCUUCUGAGUCUACUAUGAUAUCCUCUAAGUGGCUGGGCAGUCUAUAAUACAUGAUCACAAGGAUAUCACUUCUGUUUUUCUCUCAUUUAAUCCUCAAACUCCAACAGCCAGAUCCCUUCAAAUUCAAGAAUCUUCUUCAUAUCUUUUCUAACACAUGCAGUAUACUUUCCCUCCCCUUUUAUUACAUCUGUCUUACUAAAUAUCUCUCUGUUUCACCCCACCAUCCCUUUUUCCAUCUGUCCUUCCAUUUGUCUUCUGCCUUUUCUUCUAUCUCUCAUUGGACCUCUUCCUCUCUCCUGACCUUCCCUUUUUAAUCCUUCCAGUCCUCCAUUACUUCCUCUAUCCAUCCUUCCCAUUAGCCACUUUUCCAUACCUUCCUUCGUGCUUUCUUUUAGUCUUUUUUUUAACUUCUUCACUGCAUUCUUCCUUCCAUCGAUUUGCCCGUUUAUCUCUUAAUCCAUCUGUCAUAUCUCAGUUCUUUCUUCCCUUUUCCCUUCCCCAUGUUCAUUCCUGGCCCUCCCUUCCCUCAGAUUGAUUCAUAUCUUCCCUCCUAUUGCUUCACAGGGGCCACCAAAGACAUGGGGAAAAUGUUGGGGGGUGAGGAGGAAAAGGACCCUGAUGCCCAGAAGAAAGAAGAGGAGAGGCAGGAAGCCCUACGACAGCAGGAAGAAGAACGCAAAGCCAAGCACGCUCGCAUGGAGGCAGAACGGGAAAAGGUUCGGCAGCAGAUUCGAGACAAGUAUGGCCUGAAGAAGAAGGAGGAGAAGGAGGCUGAAGAGAAAGCCGCCCUGGAGCAGCCAUGUGAGGGCAGCCUGACCCGCCCUAAAAAAGCCAUUCCAGCUGGUUGUGGGGAUGAGGAAGAGGAGGAGGAAGAGAGCAUCCUUGACACCGUUCUCAAGUACCUACCUGGACCUCUCCAGGACAUGUUCAAGAAGUAACCCUGGCCUCAACUCCACCCCAUUCUCAACAAUCCCACUUUUAUUUUUUUAUUUAUUUUUUUCCACUUUCCAUUCAGUAUGAAUUUUAAAGGGCAAACCUCAUUUGACCUCAUUCCCCCCCCCUCCACCCCUCACAUGGACUGUAAGAUCCAAGCCCCUCAUUUUUGGCUGGAAACUCCCAGGAUUCCUUCCCUGUUCAGUGCUGUCCCCUUCCCCCACACUACCCUGGGCCUCUUGAAGAGCCCUAAGGAAAGAAGGCUGCUGGCCAGGGCUGGGGGCCAGAAAUUAGGACCAAACAAUUGAUGACCUCAGGAGAGGCCAGGGAUGUGCUGAAGUGGGAGGAAAGGCCUGACCACUGAGUCCCACACGCACACACUCUUC